AUGGGGAGCUUAUCGAAUGAAAUGCGCUUCCGUAUAUGCCACCAGAAUUGGAUGAUGCAGCAGCAAGAAGAUCUCGAGGAGCUCGUAGAAGUUUACCACGAAAACCCAAACAAUGAACAAAAACUUCGUCUUAUCAUCGACAAAACCAUCAAACACUUCGAAGAGUAUACCGAUAAAAGAUCCCAACUUGCAGUAGACGACGCUCCGUCCUUCUUUUCACCAACUUGGUUGACUUCCGUGGAAAACUGUUACCUUUGGCUUGGUGGUUGCAGACCCUCCUUAUCGAUUCGACUCGUUUACUCACUUUGCGGCUCAGAGCUGGAGGAACAUCUCACUGAAUUCUUGCAAGGAGUGAGAACAGGCAACUUAGGUGAAUUAUCGGCAGAUCAACUUGGUCUUGUCAGUGACUUGCAGUGCAGAACAAUUAAGGAAGAAGAGAUGCUUUCAAGCAAGAUGGCAAGUUUACAAGAGAAUAUAGCUGAUAAUCAACUGACUGCGCUUGCUAAUAACUGGGAUCACGAUUCGAGCACUGCUGCUGAUCAAGCCACAGCGGCAGACGAGGGAGAACCGGCCUAG